UCUUUUUUAAUUAAUAUCUUGAGAUUUAUCGCGAAUAUCGCAAAAUGGUAUGGGACUUUUUUAUGUUUACUUCAAUCCGUUCUACGUUCCCACAAAAUAUGCGGAAGAGAAUCUGGAACACCCUGUAUACUUUUGUCUUGAAGAAAUUCUGGUCUCGUGCUCAAAUAAUAUCUUUUAGUUUGUGUUGCUGAUUUUCUGUUGAUUGGUUUUCUAGUAACGUGACAAUUUGUAGUAAUUUACAUGUUUCUCGGCACAUGAUUCAAGAGGUUCCCGAAUUUCCCUUGGUUGUUUCUGAUAAAAUCGAGACGUAUAAUAAAACUAAGCAAGCUGUAAUUUUCUUCAGAUGUAUCAAGGCUGUAUCAAGGCAUGGAAUGAUAUUCAAAAGAUAAGUUAAUACUAAGUUUAUGUUAUUGAUGUGCGCACUAAUGAAUAUAUCUCUUUUUCCCUCUCUUUGUUAGACACUUUAGCUUGAACGCCUCUAGUAAGUAUCAAAAAGAAUAUUGUAUUCAGGCGUUUUCGUCAAAUGAUUAAUUCACUAUAGAAAGUGGUAUAAAUAACUAAAUAGCUUGUUCAAAACCAAGUACAAGGUUUAUCAUUUAACUUCAAACUUAUUCGUAUUAUAAAAUAUAUAUCAUUUAUUUUUAGAUGUAUAAAUCGCAAAGAUUCCACGCAGGAAAAGGAAAAAUGCAUAAUGGUCGAUGUAUUCAACGACGUGGACCAUUGAUUGUCUAUGGAAAGGAUGAGGGAAUACGUAAAGCAUUUUGCAACAUCCCUGGUGUCGAUCUAAUGAAUAUCAACAAAAUAAACCUUUUGAAGAUGGCACCUAGUGGUCAUGUUGGACAUUUCGUCAUCUGGGCAAAAUCAGUAUUUGAACAAUUGGACGUUAUUUACGGUACUUGGCGCAAGGAAUCACAAUUCAAGAAAGGAUAUAAUUUGCCAUUCCCCAAAAUGGCGAAUACAGAUUUAUUCAGGCUUCUGAAAUCUGAAGAAAUUCGUAAGGUUCUAAGAGCUCCUAGGAAAAUUGACGACUGAAUGCACACGAUGUGGUGAAUCGCGGACUAUAUAAGAUAAUACAUAUUUGGGCUUAUUGUAUCUCCUAACAAAAAUGAAUAUCAGAAAGCAGCGAAAGAUGGUUGUGAGCAGAGGUCUGCAGCCAGAUUAAGAAAUAAAUUCGAUAUCUUAGGCUAUCCUACAGAAUUCGUUUUACCCGUUUUGUACACAUUCUUUGAUUUCACAUGUGUAUAAAUAAAAAGAAUUAUAUGUAACCGCGAUUCGUUGCGGGUUUGAAUCGCUUGUCGGAUCGGGUUCGUG